ACGCAUGGCGACUGCUGCGAAAACAUGUCGCCGACUAAUGGCCGGAAGUGUACGAGCGGCGGCGGAGAGGGGAUAAUCGAAAAAACCGAAAACCCAAGGCCGACCGCGGACGACGGACGCGAAAUCGUUAUCAGCGACCGGGUAGAAAACACGGCCGAACAACACGUGAUAACGAAUGUCGGCGUCGAGGUUAUCAGUUCGCGCGACGGCCUGGAUUUAUUGAUUUUUGCGCGGCGGUCUAGAUUCCGAGGCGCCGGUCCGUUAGACGUCGACGGUGAACCCCGGCCGCCGCGCCACCGUAACUGCGCGUGCACAACACGCCGUUUGGCCUCUUUAUUCGCGUUCGCCCGGCGGUGUCGCGCACGGGGGGUGUUUUGUACCACUGUUGUCGUCGUCGUCGUCGUCGUCGUGGCCGUGGCUAAACACAAGUUCAAACGGUGACCACGACCACGGGAUAUCGCGGUAAUAUUUUAAUAUAAAAAUAUAACACGUCCACCUUGGUCGUCGAUCGUCGUCGAGCCGGCGGUCAUGCCGAAAAAGAAACCGAUACCGAUCGAAGAUCUGGUGGUGCCGCCGCAGGACACCCGGAUAUGCGGUACGAUAUGCGUGUGCCAGAUGACGGCCGUGCUGAGCAGCGUGGCCAUCGUGUACCUGACGGUGGCCAUAUACAUGCCCACCAUGCGGGAGUUCAAGUCGGGCAUAUCGGAGGACCCGGUGGUGUGCACCACCACCAGGAACGUGUCGUCGCAGAAGUGCGACUGGAGCUCGUGCAGCGARUGGUGCCUGAGCAAGCCGUCCGGCGGCUGCGCGCAGAUCUACGUCAACAUUCGGCAGAACGGGUCGGCGUUGCUGUUGCACAAUUGUUCGCACGUUGUCAACAAGACGUGCUUCGGGUUCGACCCGGAGAACGCCAAGCGGUAUACGUGCAUCCGGGACGAGUGCAAGACGCUGACCGGUACGUUCAACUGCACCGACGGCGUGUGCAUAAACAUCACGGACGCGUUCCGGUGCGAGUUCCGCAACACGGAACUGCCGCUCAAGUGCAACGAGUACCGGGGCAAAAUCACGUGCAUGUCCAUAUCGGGCCUGAACAGCUGCACUCGCGGCGAGUGCAGUCGCAUACUGGAGCCGUAUAACUGCGACCGGCGGUGCGUGGACAUACCGACCAGAAACAAGAACGUGAUCGUGCURAGCGGCGACCGGACGUUCUUGGCGCAUUGCGACGCGGCCUCGCACCUACCCGGUUACAUGGAGGGCGACCCGCUACCGCGGGAAGUUGACGGCGGCGGCGCAGUCGUUGAUACCGAACGGCGGCGGCGGAUAUGGUCCGAGGAACAGGACGACGUGAUGAUCGCGUCGUGCAUGAGCGUUGUGCUGGGCGGACAGACCGGUGACCUGCUGGCCACGGACUGCGUCAACGGGUCGCUACUGCGGCAGGACGUGCUAGCCGAUUUCGCCAACUUCUCGCACCUGACCAACCUGAACGCGCAGAGCGAYCGACCAAUCGUGGCCGGUGACACGGUGGCGCCUCGCGAACACAAGCUACUCAUCGCCAAGGACAGUCAUCUGCACAUCAACUUGGAGGGCUGCGUGAACACUCUCCGCGGCGAGUGCGACGUGUUCAUCCGGCGGUUCGGCAAGGACGGUUCCGACCACAACGCUCGAGCCCGGUUCCGGUGCUACUACGCCACCGGCAUACCCGAGCUGGCCGUCGUCCGGUUCGACCUGGGCCGCACGUACAAAGAGUUCCUGGUGGCGUCUGUGGUUCCGGUGGUCAUGCUCGUCAUAUCGUGCUUGACGCUCAUCCUGUGCCAGCGAACGGUCGARGUGGGCGACGAUGCCAAGAUGCGGUUCAAGCGCAAGAGCAUCCGGACGCUGUUCCCGCUGCACGAUCGCGAGCUGGACAGCAUCGCGGGUCGCCGGCCGUCCACCGUCGACAUGGACAACACGUCCCUCUGAGAUUCGCUACGCAUUCCCCUCCUACAAGAUAGCCCUACUCGUCAGCAACAGAUGUAUUCGUUGCCAGACUACUAGAGCUCACAUUUCACUGCGAUCCGGACGGCUUACAUAAAAAAUAAGCUUCGUACACGAUACAAAUCCGGAUCGGUGAGGGGAACGCGUGAUUUUUAAGACAUUAAAAAAAAAAAUUGUUAUUAGUGAGAUUAAAUUGUAUUCACUCGUUUAACUAUAGUCCAUCGCAUCUCGAAAAUUGUGCACAUAAAAUAAUAUAUACAUUUGUGACUUGACACAUCUUAUUACCACGUCGCU